AUGUACCGCCGGCUGCGGCUUUUCGCCGCCCUCGCCUUGCCCAAAAGGAACUUCUGCGCGGCGCGGCUCUCGGACCUGGAGAAGGCCCUGGAGCGGCAGGCGCUGCGCAAGAGCGAGCGCCAGAGGGCUGCCUGGGCGGCGGUGAACGAGAAGGUCUUGGAGCUGCGGCCGGAAAAGAAGAGCCCCCCGCGGCUGGAGGAUGUGUCCACAGAGGAGGCCUUGCCCGAUCCGCUGCGCUUGCUCUUCGCCUGGCAUGGGACCUCGCGGGAACGGCCAGGCGCGGGCGUUGUGGAGGCGCUUCUGGCGAAGGCUUGUCAGCACCUGGAGGCGCAGCGCUCCGCGCUACUGGAGCUGCCGCUGCAGCGGCAGAUGGUGGUGGUAGGUGACAUCCAUGGCCAGCUGCCAGAUGUUCUGCACAUCUUCCAGACCCAUGGGCCCCCGAGCCGCGAUCGCGCGUACCUCUUCAAUGGCGACAUCUCCGAUCGGGGCGUUCAGGCGGUGGAGGCGUGGAUUCUGGUGCUGUCCUUCAUGAUGCGCUACCCUGGCCAGGUGCAUGUGCUGCGGGGCAACCACGAGAACGAGCAGCUGAACGAGCGCGCCCGCAGCUUCGGGGGAGGCUUUGCGGAGGAGUGCCUGGCAAAGUACGGGCCCCGUAUUUACGAGCGAUUUCAACAGCUCUUCCUCCUCCUGCCUCUCUUCGCCGUCAUCGAGCGCAAGAUCUUCGUGGUCCACGGAGGCCUCUUCCGGACACCCGAGGUGACGCUGGAGAGGCUGAAGCAGUUGCCCUACCGGCGGCACUACCCGCUGAGCCUCACGGAAGCUGAGCGGGCCCGGGGCAAGGACUGGACGGAGGACGAGAAGAUCCUCUUCGACGCCCAGUGGGCGGAUCCCGUGGAGCAGACGGGCGUGACGAGGUCCAGCCGUGGCAGCAUGGUCACGAACUUCGGGCCCGACGUCACGCAGAAGUUUUUGAAAGACAACGGCCUGAGCCUCUGCAUCCGCUCUCACCAGGUGCCAAAGACCAUGCAGGGCUUCGAGCUGCUGCAUGAUCGACGGCUGCUGACGGUCUUCAGCGCCUCCCACUACGGGGGCCGCUACCGGAAUGCCGGGGGUGUGGCAAUUCUGCACCGUGGGGACGGCCAGCCAGAAAGGUUCUCCUUGUCCAUGAGGCUGGGGGACCUGCAGCUGCACUGCGCCGAGCACGCGCUGGGCGCGGGCUUUUCCAAGGUGGCGGAGUCUGCCACCAAGGGCCUGGCGCUCUUCGACCAGGGCGCCGCGCAGGCGGCCGCCCGUCAAGACGCCCUGGCCUUGGUUUGCUUUAAUCGCGAGGACAUCUUGCGUCGCUGCGCUGCUGUGGCGAACGAGGGCAUCAUCGAUUUUCAACUGUUUGAAGACAUUUUGAAGGAGCUGUGCAGUCCGCACGUGGACCCGGUAAGGAUCUUCUCGAAGAACGUCCCGACGGAGGUCGACUUUCAGGAGCUGCUGGCUGCGGUCAAGGUCGAAUGGCUGCAGCUCAGUACUGCGGAGGUGGUGCGGUUGGUACGCGCGAUGCUGGAAGGGGAGAUCCAUUUGGCAGGCCUGCAGGCCAUCUUUGACUUCAGCCAAGAUGGCCUGGUGUCCCCGCAGGAGUUGCAGCAGGCGAUGCAGCUGCUGCAGCCGGGGCUGUCAGAGGAGCGAGCCCAGCACCUAGGCUCCUUGAUUGCGCCCGAGGGGCAGGAACUGAGCUUCGCCGCCAUCAUCGACCGCCUGCUGCGCUUCGCGCCGCGGAGGUUGGAGGGCGCCGCCGCGGAGUGCCGCCCGCUGCGGGAGGGCCUGCUGCGAUGGGCCGCGCCUUCGGAUGGCUCGCCCUACACGGCGCUGCUGAGGUUCUUCCAGGCCUUUGAUGAGGACUGCGAUGGGGUCCUUUCGAUCGAGGAGGCGGUCCAGGGAUUGCGGCAGGUGCAAGAGUCGCCGGGCGGUUUUUUGGAGCAGAUGCGCGGCAUCGUCGCCAGGCGCCCGGGGCUGAACCAGAACCAGCUCAGAGAUCUGGCUGAGCAGCUGGAUGCCAACAACUCAGGCACCUUGUCCUUCCUGGAGCUGGCGAGGGGCUUGCGAGACGGGCCAGAGCUGGAGGCGGAGGACUCGAGCGCGACGCCGGUAUCGCAGCGCACGGCCUGCGCCAUCCUGGAGCACCGCGAGGCCCUGCUACGGGGCUGCCGCAGUCUGGAUGAAGGCAGCGGCCAGGUGGCGCCCGAGGACUUCCUGGCGCUGCUGCGCGCGGCGGAUGCGGAGGCCGCGCUGGGCCUCGAGCUGCGGCAGCCGGUGGCCUACGUGGAGAUGCUGUCCAGCUUCGAGGUGGUGCUGGAUCAGGGGCGAGCGGACGACCCGAUGGCUCCGCGCGUUUGCGGAGCCGUGGACUGGAGGGGCGUUGAGCAGCUCGCGAGCCCCGGGUGCCCCACUAAGCCCAAGGUGAAGGAAGCUAAGGAUGACUACGGCGUGGACACCUUGAAGAUCACCGACGACGACGCCGCCUUUAUCCUGGGCAAAGGGGGCAAGACCAAGGAGAAGAUUGCAAAGGUUGCUGAGGCGGAGAUCGAGCUCUUCGAGCGCGACCUGAUCCUGGAGAUCCGGGGCUCCAAGAUGCAGCGCAAGCGCGCGAAGAAGUACUGCGAGGGCGUGAUGGCACAGCGCACGGGCCCCGUGUCGGUCACCGACGACUAUGAUGACGAUGACCUGACCCUGCUACAGGUGCCGCAGGAGGCGGUCGGCUUCGUCACGGGCCGUGCUGGAAACUUCCUGCGCAGCAUCGAGGAGCGGAACAAAACCGGCCGGGCGCUCCUGUCCUGCCAUUUUGCUGAUUUUGUUUCUUGUUUGUUUUAA